AUGCAAAAGUGUUUAUUAUCCAAGGUCCUCAUGAAUAUUCCAAAUCAGAACAGAAACUUAUCCACUUAUAAGCCACUUGUGGUGAUUGUUGGCACCACCGGGGUCGGGAAAUCCCAAUUCUCCAUUGAUUUGGCGACGAAGUAUCAUGGGGAAAUCAUCAAUGCCGACUCGAUGCAAAUGUAUUGUGGGGCACCGUUGAUCACCAACAAGCAUCCGAUAAAUGACAGGAACGGCGUGCCGCAUCAUGUCAUGAACCAUGUUCCUUGGGAGGAAGAGUACUUCAUUCAUAGGUUCGAGAAAGAAGCAUUGCUGAAGAUCGAUGACAUCCAUCGCCGAGGGAAAAUCCCCAUCGUGGUAGGAGGGACCAGCUACUAUUUACAAUCAUUACUCUUCACCAAUAGGGUGGUACGAGAGGACACAAACAAAACAAAACAAGAAGAGAUGGAGGAAGAUAAUGUAUUGUCGCAGGAGUAUCUUACUAAAGAGGAAGCAUUGAAAGGGUUGACCAAGGAACAACAGGAUAUUUUGAACGACACCCCAAUUAAAGUCCACGAAGCAUUGAAGGCCAUCGACCCAGUAAUAUCACACAAGUUCCAUCCUAAUGAUACCAGAAGAGUGAAACGGGUGCUCGAAAUUUAUUUCCGCACCGGCAAGAAACCCUCAGAAAUCUAUGAAAACCAGACCACCACGUCUUCUUCUUCUUCGUCUAUUACCACUGCUGGUUCGUCACAACUUCGAUUCCCUACUCUUGUAUACUGGCUUUGGGCAGAUCAAUCUACACUUAAUCAACGGCUCGAUACCCGAGUUGACUCGAUGUUUGAAAACGGAGCGGUAAAUGAGAUCCAUGAAUUAUACCAGCUGUACCAGCGGCUAUUGACAACUCCUGAGAACCGUUGCCAACACGGAGUGUUCCAAGUGAUUGGCUUCAAAGAAUUCUUACCAUGGUUGGAAGACGGUGCGACAAAUGACGAGUUGUUUGCCCAAGCCAUCGAUAAAAUGAAGGUGAAGACCAGGAAGUACUCCAAAAUGCAAAUCAAAUGGAUUAGGAACGUGCUAAUUAAGGAACUACAGCGAAACACUAGCCCUGAAGGAUUAUUUUCGGCAGAACUUGAUUUGUUGGACGCCACGGAUUUGAGUAACUGGCAAGAAAACGUUGCUGAAGAGGGAUUUAAAAAAUUUGAGCGAUUCUUGGAAAAUGAUAAUCGUGGUUUGAAAAUCGAUAUUCCAACAAAGAUCAAGGAGGUUUUGUUGCCGAACGAUGCUGGUGCCGAUGAGACUAUUAAGAGCAAAAAUUGGCAACUGUUUACUUGUCAAACUUGCGUUGAUAAAGAUUCCAAGUUGCCGCUUAUUUUGGUUGGGGAAGAUCAGUGGAAAAAGCAUUUAGCUGGAAGAAAGCAUAGAUCAAAUUUGAAUAGAGGAAAGAAACGUGAAGAAUACGAACAAUGGGUUAAACGACAAAAGCUUGUCAGCGAAGAGAAGAGCAAUGAUACAGAAAGCCAACAAUGA